CGUGGGUUGACUGUCAAGCCAUGGCGCGGGAGAGGAGAGGAGGGGGAGGAGCACGGUUUGCCGCUCGCCGCUCUGCAGGCGCCCCCCGCCCCCGGAGGCACAUUCCCGUCGGAAACAAUAGAGCCAGCAGCGCGAGCCGGCGAUUCCGACCAAGGCAGAACAAAGAAAGGUCUGCGCGACGGCUCUCCACGCUCCGCCCCCGCCUCCCACCUACACAACACGCGUCUCCCCUCCCUCCUUCUCUUUGUAACCUGCCCCGCAGCAUCGCGCGCUGAGAUUGACGCCUGGAGGCAGGACGAAGGGGGGGGGGCGAGGCAGGGUGCGGGAAGCCCCGGCGGUACGCUCCAACGCCAAGCGCGCCCUCAGCCGCUUAGGUGCCCACGCACCCGCGCAAGUGGAGCCAAAGCCGCCUCGAAUCACAGGCGGCGAGGGGGAGCCCUCCGAGGAGAGAAACAGCCUUUCGACGUUCCUUUGCCUUCUCUUCUUUUUUUGUACUUCUCUGCUGGGAACUGUUGCCUCUCCCCCGUUGCCAAGGAGCGGGCGAGACAAAAGCCCUUUUGUGAGCAGCCGCUGUGCAGCGGCGGCGGCGGCGGCGGCUCUGUGGGCAAGCCGAGUGGGGGGCCGAGGCGGAUGGAGAGUCUCGCUGGAAAAGAAGUUCGUCGCUCCUCCUGUCCUCGCCGCGUUGCUCUAGGCUCGGCGGAGGGGUGGCCGCGCUCGCCCUGACAUGCGGUGGCGCUGCUGCUGCUGUCGCCGCUUCUCCUGGGCUUCUUACCUGCGCGGCGGUGGCUGUUGUUCCCGCCGCCCGUCGUGCCUCCUUCGUCGUUGGCUUUGUGGGGGUAAAAAAGACCCAGCCGCAGCCGCGAGCCUCUCUGCCGAGAGCCUUGUUGACCCCCGAUUGCGGGGAGAAGCGCUGCCUACUUUGCAUUAUGUGGAUUCCACUCUUGGCUUUCCUGACGGUUGGGCUCGUCUCUUUGCAAAAGGGCCAGCGAGGUGCUGGCCCAGUCCUGUGGCUAGUCCGUCUGCUCGCUGCGGUUGUGCCGGGCUUGUGCCAGAGCCCAAUCAACAGAUGUAUCAUCUCAAAUGCAGCAACAUGUACCAACUGUCUUGCUGUGGGCCCAGAAUGUGGAUGGUGUACUCAAGAGGAUUUUAUGACUGGAACAAAACAGAAGGAACGAUGUGAUGUAGUUCUACAUUUAAUGAAAAGAGGCUGCAUGGCAGAUUUUAUAGAAAGUCCAAAAAUUGGUGUAACAAAACCUGUCAAUGGUGCUAAUAUACAAGUGAUACCAGGAGAAGUUUCAGUCCUCCUACGUCCAGGAUCUGAAGCAAGUUUUAUGUUGAAAGUUCAGCAGCUGGAAAAGUACCCUGUUGACCUUUAUUAUUUGGUUGAUGUGUCUGCAUCUAUGGACAAAAAUAUAGAAAAAUUAAACUCUGUUGGAUCUGAUUUAUCUCAAAAGAUGGAAAAUAUUUCCAUUGAUUUACGACUUGGAUUUGGAUCCUAUGUGGAUAAGACCGUGUCACCUUAUAUUAGCAUUCACCCAGGAAGAAUUCAUAAUCAGUGCAGCGAUUAUGAACUAGAUUGUAUGCCUCCUCAUGGCUAUAUCCAUGUCUUAUCAUUGACUGACAAAAUAGCAGAAUUCAGAAGCGCAAUUAGUAAGCAGAAAAUCUCUGGAAAUAUUGACACACCUGAAGGAGGCUUUGAUGCUAUGCUUCAAGCAGCUGUGUGCCAGAGCCAUAUUGGUUGGCGCAAAGAAGCAAAGCGUCUACUUCUCAUGAUGACAGAUCAGACCUCUCAUCUGGCUCUUGACAGUAAAUUAGCAGGGAUCGUAAUUCCCAAUGAUGGAAACUGCCAUUUGAAAGAUAAUGUAUACAUCAGAGCAACCAGUAUGGAACAUCCAUCACUUGGUCAGCUUUCUGAAAAGCUCAUAGACAACAACAUUAAUGUAAUUUUUGCAGUCCAAGGAAGCCAAUUUCACUGGUAUAAGGACCUUUUGCCUCUGCUGCCAGGAACUACUGCAAGACAGAUAGAAUCACAAGCAGGAAAUUUCAGUGAUUUAGUAGUAGAAGCCUACAAGAAGCUGCUCUCCGAAGUGAAAAUUCAGGUGGAUAACCCAAUGCAAGAUAUAAAUGUCAAAAUUACAGCAAUCUGCCCUGAUGGAAGUAGGAAACCAGGCUUGGAGGGAUGCAAAAAUGUGAAAUCCACAGCUGAAGUGCUCUUCAAUAUUUCCAUUGCCAUGGAAGGAUGUCGUACAACUGAAGGGAGAAAAUAUGUCAUGCUAAAACCCCUUGGUUUCAAUGAAUCUACCAGAGUUAAUAUACACAAAAGAUGUGCAUGUCAGUGUGAGGCCAGCAUAAAGCGCAAAAGAAUAUGCAUCGAUGAAAUGUCUCAGGAACCUGAAACUUCCUACUGCAAGGGUGGUAUCUGUAGUUCCAGUGAUGAAUUCUCUUCCGAGGAGUGCAAGAUGCAAAAAGAUCAUCUAAUCUGCAGUGGUCGAGGAGACUGUGUAGAUGGGAAAUGCAUUUGCCACAAAACCAAGCUUGGUACAAUAUAUGGUAAAUACUGUGAAAAGGAUGACUUUUCCUGCCCUCAUCAUCUUGGAAACUUAUGUGCUGGCAAUGGUGAAUGCGAAGCUGGCAAAUGCAAAUGCUUUGGUGGCUGGGAAGGUGAUCAUUGCCAGUGUUCAUUGUCAUUAUGGAAGCAUUGCAUGAAUUCAGAUGGCCAAAUCUGCAGUGGAAGAGGAACUUGUGUGUGCGGAAGAUGCAAAUGUACAGAUCCCAGCAGUUUUGGCCACUUAUGUGAAUUUUGUCCGAAUUGUAGAACAACUUGCAGUGACAAACGGAAUUGUGUGCUCUGUCAUCACUCCAACUCAUCUCAAAUUACACUUGACCAGUGCAAAACCUCAUGUGCUUAUAGGCUGCAUUAUACUGAAAAAUCUUCAGAAUGCACCUCUGAUGCAAGCCACUUCAGAAUCUUUUUCAUAAUUUUUAUAGUUACCUUUCUGAUUGGGUUGCUUAAUGUGCUUAUAAUCCGACAAAUAAUUCUGCAAUGGAGUAAUAACAAAAUUAAGUCUUCAGCUGAUUAUAGAGUGUCUGCAACAAAAAAGGAAAAAAUGUUCUUGCCUACUGUUUGUACAAAAACCGUAACGUACAGACGCGAUAAGCCUGAAGAAAUCAACAUCAGCAAGUUACAAGUAAAUGAAACUUUCAAGUGCAACUCCUGAAGACAGACUGCUUUCUUCAAAGUUUUGUCUUCGAAGUCAAGUUUAUUUGAAAGAUACUUUGGGGAUUUAUGAUUUGAAUACUGUAAUGAAAAACGGACCUGAAAGCCUAGUUACACAACAUGGCUAGAUUUCAAACAGAGCUGCUCCAUUUUGGAAAAACAGAUGUGCAUUAACUACUGAUGAACAUAAUAAAAUUACUGAUUAAAGCGCAGAUAAUUUGGAUUGGAGCCAAUUUAGUCCCAUUUGGGAUAAAUAGGAUCAAAUUGGCUUAAAUUUGACUGUUCUGGCAUAAGUGGGCUUUGUAUCUGUUCACAACACUAUUCUGCAUUGUAGCACUUUAACAUAAUGUAACUUAUUUAGCAUGUAGCAUUGACAUCUAAUGUUAAUCUAAACUGGCGUUGCAAAAGCACUGAUCUCACUUUAGCUAAUAAAGGCUUGUCUAUGGCAGGGGUUCCCAAACUGUGUUUAGAAAAAUGUAGCUGGCACAAAUGAAUGACAAGUCAGCUGUUGGUGCUUACUCCCGUUCUGAGCACUGGGAGCAAACAGAUGAAAGGAAAAAAUGCGGCCAAGCUGGGCCCACAGGAAUAAAAUACAAGGAUUUCAGAAGGUCUUUUUAAAAAAACAUUUGCAAUAAUUCCUUACUGCCAGCACCUCCAGACCUGAUAAUCACAACCCUUGAUAUCCUCCAUUGCACUAAUUUGGAGGAGAGAGGAUCAGGCUUGCAUCCAGCCAACUCAAAAGACACUAACGGAACAAUUGAAACUCCCAUUCUGGAGGGAGCUUGAAUGGGGCAUCGGUAUUCCUCUCCUGGACUUCACUGGGCUCCACUGUCAGAGGAGCUCCACCUUUGGUGGGAAAGCCCUACCAGCAAGGAUUGCCUAAUACACCUUCCCAAAUAGCAGAUGGAAGCUGCUGCUGCUGGCAGCUAAUGGAAAUUCCCAAAAUGGGAGGGGGCGGGCCCAGCACAGGGUCUUCUGGAUCCUGUGGUGACCCUGCUGCUAUCAUAUGUUGGUCACAGGCCUUUUCACUGUGCCAGCCUGGGAGGUGGCACAGUGAAGGAGUCUUUUUCCUCCACCUUCCACCCUGGCUGGCACAACCAGCAGUGGAAGAGAUGCUGGUCUGCACCACGCCAUCAAAUCCCACUACUUCCAGCCAAGCACUUGGAUUGACCCCUAAGGCUACAAUCCUAAAAUAUACUUUAUAUGAGGCAAGCCCUAAUGAUAUCUGCAGGUCGUACCUCUGAUGUUAAUGUGGGCUCCAAAUGCUGAGAGUCGUGGUGGGGGACUUUGUUCCUUCUAGUAACUCAGAAGGGAGGCACACCUUGCCAUGCUGAGAACCACUGCUCUGUGUGAAUGAGCAAACCAUGUGAUCAAACUAUAUUACAUUUCAGAGUGCACUUGACAAGACUACAAGCAUGUAUGUACACACAGCACAUGUUUUUAUGAAUGUAUAUAUAUUUACCAAUUCUGAUCUUUUUUGCUUUGAUUCUUUUUAAAGUUUGAUAGAAUUGUUUCAUAUAAAAGACUGGAAUAAUCAAAGAGGUUUUUUUUUUAAAAAAAACUACAUUUUGUAAUGGUUCAUAGUUAGGAAGAAAUUCGACCUCAAGAAAAUACUCUUAGCAUUUGACUAAUUUGAGCAGUUUUUAAAUACAAUUUGAAAAUACUGUAUUAGUGCAGAAAAGUGUAAGGUGGUAAGCACAUGAAAAAAGGAGUAGCGCAAAAUGGAUCACCACUCUAGCUUUGUCUGAGCAGUUCCUUGAUGUCUCUGUUAGCCAAAACAUAAAAGUAAUACAUUUUAAUGUUUUAAAACUCUGCGUUGUCCAUGUAUGUGCGGAGCUUGUAUCCUGAUGUUGAAAGCUGUUGGCACGUUCCAUUGCAUAUAAGAGGAUUCCCAUAGUGUUGCAGUGAAUGAAUAACUUGCACAUCUGGUACUGGGCAUUGUGACCCUGUGGAUCUUUGGAUUCUGAUGAAAAUUACUUAUUUUUUGAGAUAGUGAAAAUGUGCUCAACUGAGGCUACAAUGCGCAAACUGCACAAUCAUAGCACUUUUAGAAUUAGAAUGUAUUGUUCUUUGGCAAUGUUACAAUCUCUCUAGCUGAAACAACCAAAUCUUGUGUGUUUUUAUUCAGUUUCUCUCCUCCACAUCUUGCUUUACACACUCCUAAAAAAAGGUACACAAUUAAUGUCAAAAUACGUAAGUUAAAUGUCAACAGGAAUAUCAUGAUAUCUAUGAUUUCUGCAUCAAAAUAUAUCAGGUUUCUCUUCUAUUUGCCAUGCCAUAGUCUGUUAUUGCUAUAUAAACAGAAAAUAGAUCUAAUUUGCAAUGUGUAUUUUGCAGUGGCUUCUGAUGUUUUUGCUUCUGUCAUGUUUAGUGUGUACUGUCUUUUUUGUAAAAAUAAAUGUGGAUGUGUCCUGCUUUUAUAGAUUCAGUGCUUAAUUUGUAGGCUCUUUCUAGGAAAGAGGAGCUCAUAGUAAAUGCAAUUUCUCAUUGUUUGCUGUAAGACUAAACACUUUGAAAUCACUGCCGUCUGUUGAAGCUUCCUACGUAUUUUUAUUUAAAAUGUAUUUUUGUAGUGUACAUGACUAACUUUUUAAUUCAGUUUAUUUAUUAAUGCGUCACUUUAGUAUAUUGUGAGAGUUUAUUUUUCUAUGAGAGUUGCAAUAACUGACUUAGCAUUAAGUUAAUGCAAAAUU